AUGGCCCUUCGAACGAGGGUGUUCCUCCUCGCCGUCAGCAUAUAUCUCUGCUCCGCCGUCUCCGCUGCUUUCAACCGUGCAGCAUGUCAAUAUCCGACCAGCGAUCCACUCGAAGGCUGCGCCUCCAACACGCUGCUCGUCGGCUCCUCCACCCACGCCAACUUUUCCUCGGUCCAAUCCGCCAUCCUCAGCCUGCCCAACGACACCACCGCGUACACGAUCCUCAUCGAGGAGGGGAACUACACUGAGCAGCUGAAUGUGACGCAUCCGGGACCGGUGACGCUGUUGGGGCAGACCUCCGCACCGACAGAGCGCACGCAGAAUCGCGUCGCGGUGUUCUGGGCGGCGGUCGCGGGGACGGGCGACAACGCAUACACUUCCGUGUUGACCGUCGCGCCGACGCUGAACGCGAGCUUAACGGGCUCGGGACCCAAUGGGAAUGCGGUGCCGCCCGGGACACCGUUCGGGAAUGUGGAUUUCAGGGUGUAUAAUGUGGAUUUUGUGAAUGACUAUGCGCCGUACUCAGAUGGGCCCAGCUUGGCGGUGAGCGUGAGCUAUGCGAAUAGCGGGUUCUACUAUAGUGGGUUUUAUAGCUACCAGGACACGAUUUACAUCGGCAAGCUGGGCAACGCGUACUUUUACGGCAGCGAGAUUGCGGGACAGACGGACUUUUUCUAUGGAUUCGGCACGGCGUGGAUCAACUCGUCGCUGGUGACGCUGCGCGGAUGUGGGGGUGGAAUCACAGCAUGGAAAGGAACGAACACGACAUUUGAGAACAAGUAUGGGGUGUACAUACAUGAGUCAACGGUAAGAAAGGCGAACAAUAGCCUGGAUAUCGCUGGCGAGUGUGCACUCGGGCGGCCCUGGAACGCACAAAUGCGCGCCAUCUUUGCGAACGACUAUCUCGACGAUAGUAUUAGGCCAUCGGGGUACAUCGAGUGGCAGUCGACGGACCCGCGGAUCGAUUACAACACGACGAUGGCCGAGUUUUACGACGUUGGGCCCGGAUUCAACCUCACGGGGCGGUUAGAAGCGGGGCUGACGUGGUUGAUGACGCCGGAGGAGUAUGAGCCGUAUUCGAGCGCGGAGAAGGUGUUCCAGUAUCCGUUCAAUGGGACGUUUGGGAAUGUCGCGUGGAUUGAUUUUGAGCCGUGGCAAUAG